AUGGCGCCGUCGCGGGGUGAAACUCCAUCCCUCCCGGUCUCAGCCGAGGAGGUCAAGGACUUAGUUUCGUUCAGUGUCAUCAACAAGCUGACCUCAUGUGUUGGCGCUGCCAUUAAUGAAGGUAAAAGUGUAACUGCAGUGAAUAAACGCUUAAUAAGCCUGGCCAUGGAGGAAAUUCGCAGGGCCACCAGAACCCUUAACAGCGUUAACACCACUGUCUUCUCCAGCACAUCAGCUCUGGGGGAAAUUAAGGCGUGUAACCGGGAAGAGAUGGCCAGCUUUAAAAAGUUGGUCAAUACUAAUGUGAAAAAACCAACGUACGCGCGGGCUGCUGCUGCAGCCAGCGGAGUAGCGUCGUCGACGAGAGGGCCCGCCCCCCGCGCUGCAUCCUCUACUUCAAAGCCUGCAAUUAUCAUCACCCCGGCUAAGGGUGUGAAAACGCGUCAGGAGGCUGUGGAAUUGUUUAAAAAGUGUAUUUCAUAUAGGGACUCGACUAAUGCGCCUGCAAGAGUACAACCUGUCCCCAAUAAUAAACUCCGUGUGGAGUUUGAGAAGGCGACUCAAAGGGAUGACACACUCACCAGGCUCGAGAAUAGCAAGGAGGUAAGAGCAGAACCCGUGCGCAUGAUCAAGCCUAUGGUUAUCCUGAAGGAAAGAUCCAUAUCUCCAAGAAUGUUCCUUCGGAGGAUCUGGUUAAGCUAA